AUGCUGCCCACUCACUACUCAUCUGCCGUAGAUCUGGGCAACACAUUUUCUGGAAGCUGCUACACUUGCACCAAAGAAAAGGAUGCGAUUGUGCACGUUACAGAAUGGCCACAUCAAGAAACAUUCGAAAAGACCCCCUCAGUUUGUCUCUACGAUACAACUCAGCACCCACCUGCAAUGAUAAAGUGGAGACAAGCAGCAAUGGACCACGCGACACUGCAUCCCAAUGAUGCGAACACGCUACUCAUGUCAGACUUUAAGUUUAAAUUAUUCAACCUGGACUCCACAACAGAUGCUGCUACUACAGAUUUAGCUGUCUCAUACCACACUGCCGCCGUUGAUUAUCUACGAGCAACCCACACCUAUACAUUGCAGCAGUUAUUGCAAAACAACCCAACAGCCAACGAAGCCCAAGUUCGCUACGUGUUAACCAUCCCUGCUACAUGGGUGAACAGCAACUCGGAAGACCUACGUCAAAUUGCCAUUGAAGCCAAUGUCGUCAGUGCAUCAGAACCAGAAGCAAUCCACAAGGCUCGGUUAGCAGUUCUCAGUGAAGCUCAUGCUGCGUCGUUAUUCUGUGAACGAGAAUAUUGUGCUACAUCUGUCACACAGUUGCUUAAAGGGCAUCGUUACACUGUCGUGGACUUGGGAGGGGUUACUGCUGCUCUGGCGACAUACGAAUGUACUGAAAACGGACAGGAACACUGCCAGUUGGCGUCGGAGUCAAUGGAUGUAUUGAUAGAGCAAUUCAAGACCGAGAUAAAGCACUGUUUCGGCGAGGAUAGUAGUUAUGUACCACCAGCGACAAAGCAGGCUGUCGAGCCAGACAUUGCAGGCGACACUCACUUGAUGGUAGUAACGGAAACAAAGGUCCCAACGUACAUGAUGGAUUAUCAGCAAAAUGGCCACGGCAACAAUGCAUUUGACGAUUCUUAUUACUCUGAUGACUUUAUCAAUGAUGCGCUGGACGAGAGAGAAAGUUCUUUUGAAGAUAAUGACAAAGAUUUCGCAGGCAAUCAAGAAGAUGCAAACAGUGAUUUCGAGCAAGUCCAUGAAGCUGAUGUUAGCCAUGGCGAGAUAGACGAAAACCAUACAAAGAUAGCCAAGCAUGUGUUUGAUCCUGUGGUUGACAGAGUCAUAUCGCUGAUCCGCGAGCAGAUUAGAGAAUCUGGCACAACAAUCGACAUCUUGUUCUUGUUGGGCGGCUUUAGCCAGUCUCCUUACUUGCAAAAGAAGCUGCACGAAGGGUUUAUCACGAGAGCUGGCUCUGUUCAACGCAUCAUUGUGCCCGAAAAUAGGUACAGAGCUUCCAUGCGCGGCGGCAUUCAUUAUGGCCUGGAUUGUGCCAAAGCAAUUCCCGAGUAUUAUCUCAAGGAUAAAGCUGGUAAUCUGAUAUACAACAAUUAUAAUAGACUCGUAUCAAUAGAUUUCAACUUUGAUGAAAUGACAGCCAUGUAUUCCAUCAUCAAGCUGAAUGACUACUCUAAAUCGUUGCUUACAUCAAAACUGAAGAAGAAGAUCCGCUCAGCAAGCAUCAAUUUCGGCAUGCUAAAAGAGGGUGACAGUGAAACACGCUUUGCUCUGAACUUGCAUGCAAAACACUCGUAUUACAUUCGUAAUGGCGGUUUAGAGAAUAUGAAGAAUUACGAGACAAGCAAGGUGAUCAUAUUUCAUUUAUCGUUCGCAGAGUUUGGAUCGCUUCAUAAACCAAACGAGGUGCAGAGUCGGUUGUCGAGUCAUUCAAGCGUCAAUCUAGCAGCAGCAAUGCAAACUCAGAAACGGGGUCUAGACAAAGUACAUAGCAUGGAAAGAGGAAGCCUGCUUACGCACAAUGCUGUGACAUUCUUUGAAGAGCUAGAUUUUGCUGGUAUUCUUCAGCAAGAACCAGAGACGUUUUUAACCAGUGCCGUCGAGAUCUUAGAGCUGAUAACCGCCGGAAACUUUCCUGUCCACCAUUUGCUGACUUUUUUUGGGCAGAAUGCAGUGCACAUAAUUGGUGAUGUCUUUUUGGAACCAAACACGGAUAAUGUAGUGUCUAUUGAAUACCAAGAAGCAAGCGGCUCGAUGAAAACAGCCAUCGAAUAUGCUAUUCUAGUCCUCAAGAACAUGACAUUCACCACCAAGCAUGUCACAGAGCUCCUGUUACUUCCCUGGAUAAGGCGUGUCUUGGCGUCAGCCGUCAUGAAGGCGCAUUCGAAUACUUUCAAGAGGCCGGAAGCGUACAUACAACAUAAUACGGCUCAAAGCCGGCAUCAGAGGUUUUUAAGCAGCAACAGACAGGAUAGUGCGGCUUAUCUUUUUGAGGCUCUCAAGAGAGAGGUUAAACAGCUCACACUGAGUCGCUCUUUGCCAAGCGACAAUGAGAUACACAAUCUAAGCGAGGAUGACGCGAUAUACGAAGACGCUGGUUGUAUCAUCAAUGUAGUCCGUAUGCCUAGGCAGCAAGAAGCUACCAGAAUUGCCAGGAAAACGUACGCCAUUCAAUUCUUCAAAUACUUUGUCCAAAGGCCCAGCCAAGCUGCAGCAGUUGUUCAAGGUCAGGCAGAUGCACAAGACGCACAAGCAGAGGAUGGAGGUCCUAGUAACAGGCAGGAAAUAAACAUCGGUGUUCAAGAUCACCUGACGCUGUAUCCAUUGAUACAAAAAGAUGCAAAUCUCGCGACUGAAUGCCACAAACUAGGUAGUAACCGAUAUUGCAUCCAAGACAAACGCUCUGUCGCAACAGUGUUGUAUGUUUCUGAUGAGAUACCGCUACCUGACCAAUAUUACACUUCAAAUACGAGCUUCCGGGAAUUGAACCAGUUCAUCAUCCCUAUUGAGGACCCCACACAACCCAUUCGCAUUCAAUGCACACCCGAGGAUUACUCGAUUCUGUUCACGAUGAGCCAAGGAGAUGACUAUAAAGAUGGUUUUAGAUGCCAUGACCUCAUGUACUAUGGUUAA